CACGAUGUCAGUCCAAACUCCUCCCCUUUCACGCUCUGGCUCCACCCCCUCAACAGGGGGUCUUGCAAAUCGUAGCAACCCCACAGUCACCCCUCCUACCUCCCUCAGUCUUCGCUCUUCAUACAACCAGUUGCUCAGCUGCGAUGUCAUCAAGGAGUCCAUGGAAACAGGAAGUUCAGCCACCUUACCAAAGAGUCGUCAGAGGUACGCCAUGACCAGUGUACGGAGCGCCAUGGGCAUAAGUGACAACCUGACUUUGUCCUCUAAAUACCAACCUGUAACCAGAGGUAGAGGCCUCCCAACCAAGUCCUCCUCCAGUUCUGCACUCUGCUCCUCAUCUCUCUCGUCAUCCUCCUCUAACAACCCCAAGCUUGCCAAGAAUGGUGCCAACAUGCAGAGACGGGCUGAAAGCCAGCAGCUAGAGCUGAGCAGGGCCAACACAGUGGACAGAAUUCACAAUGAUCUCAUUAAUAACCCUGGCUCCGAUUGGCUGGAGUUUGGGAAAGACAACUCACAGUUGCCUCCAUUUCGUAGAAGGACCAAGAGCUUCUUAGACUACCACAGCAAGGGUUGGGAUCUGGAACCCAGUUGGGAAAAGAAAGAGGACAAGGAGGAAGAGAAGCAGCAGCUGUCCUCAGAGAAGGAAGAGGGCAGCCCAGUUAAAGAGAGAGAGAGCCAAAAGGAGGAGAAGAGCAUCAGCAAGCAGACCUGCAAUGAGGGGAAGGAAGACGUGGAGCCUGUGGUGGAGGAGGAGGAAGAGGAAAAUGAACCCACACCAACACCAAGACAACCCCUUCUACCAGUGGUGGUUGAAGCACCUCUUUCCUCCACUUCCUCCUCCUCUACCAACAGUCCAGAGUGGGUUCCUGACAUCCACAGUCUCCUCCAAAGCCAAGCUCCAGUGCCCAUCAAAGAGGAGAUGUCUGUCCGAGUUCAGGCGAGUCCAUGCAGCCCUGCAAAACCUGCUCGAAGCUCCCAGCCUCGAGUAAUCAAAGUGGAGCUGCACCCCAACAACGAGAACCAGUUUUUGCAGCAGUUCCCACCAUUUUCCCCCAAACAGAUCAGAGCUGCUGAAAGAAACACUCCUACCAAAAACCGGGCACCCACUAUCCAGCAAGCUCCUGAGCCAGAGACCGGCAUCCCUAAAGUGGGAUUAAGAAUGGAUCUGACUCCUGAUACGCCUUCAGAGGGUGAAGACUCCAGCUGGACCACCCUGUCCCAGGAGACCCCCUCUCCUCAGACUCCACGGGAGACAGCAGAUGUAUGGGAUGAAGGGAACCUGCCCCCAGGCUGGAGGGAGAUCUCAGACUCAUCUGAAGUCUAUUUCUGGCACGUUCCCACUGGCACAACACAGUAUGACCGACCGGUCACCUCCGUAAACCAACAAACCCCUUCCAUCAGUGAACCAGAUCCUGAACCCGACCCACAGAAAGAUACACAGGAGUCCCUGAAGCUACCAAACGAGCGACCCAGCAGUCUGAUAUCUGACAGCUCAGUGGAACCAGUCCCCUCACCCUCUGGUUCCUCACCCUCCUCUUCAUCCUCCUCUCCCUCCAAAGUCGUCCCUUCUCCUGGUCAAGUUUUCAGCACCUCCACACGCACAGCCAAAGAGCUGAAGGAUUAUCCAGUCUAUCCAGAUCCCAGUCUUAAAGCGUUUGAAGGAGCUACCCUUCGAUACGCCUCUCUGAAGCUCAACCCACCAGCUCAGCUAGAGACAGUGGACCUUAACAGCACCUUUUCUGACUCAGAGGCAAUGUCAUUUCCAGUUCGAUCUCUGGGCUGGGUGGAGAUGGCAGAGAAGGACCUGUGCGAGGGACGGAGCAGCGUGGCCGUCCACCACUGUAUCAGACAGCUGUCCUACUGCAGGAGGGACAUCCGAGACUCAGCCGGGGUCUGGGGAGAGGGUAAAGGGAUGCUUUUAGUGCUUCAGGAUCGCACGCUGACCCUCGUUGACCCAGACGAUCGCAGCUUGCUCCACUCGCAGCCAAUCAGCAGCAUCCGUGUGUGGGGUGUCGGACGAGACCACGACAGGUAG